AUUAAACCAAGAACGAACCUUUUUUUUUUCCUGUUAUAUAAGGUUAAACGAGAGGUAGAAGAAACCAUUGUUGGUUCCUAUAGCUAUAUAUACAUACACUCUUCUCAUUGGAUGAACAGUGUUGUGUGUUUUGGUGCAUAUUAGAAGAAGAUGGAGAACUCAACUAGAGAGGUGUGUUUUAAUAAUAAAGAAGAGGUGGCAGCACCACUACUACUGAAAAAGAGUAUCAAUGAAGGAGUAGUAUCAUCAGAGAGUGCAUUCUUGAAAGAGUUGAAGAGGGUGAGCUCCAUGGCGGCACCAAUGGUGGCUGUCACGGUGUCUCAGUACCUUCUGCAAGUGGUUUCACUCAUGAUGGUGGGACACCUUGGCGUUCUUGUUUCCUUCUCUGGAGUUGCCAUUGCUUCCUCUUUUGCCGAAGUUACUGGCUUCAGUGUCCUUUUAGGGAUGGCUGGUGCAUUGGAAACACUAUGCGGACAAACGUAUGGUGCAGAAGAAUUCAGGAAGCUAGGGAACUAUACCUCCUGUGCAAUCAUCACUCUGAUCUUGGUUUGUGUUCCAAUAACUCUGAUGUGGAUUUUCACUGAUAAAAUUCUCAUGCUGUUUAGUCAAGACCCUGCGAUUUCUCAUGCAGCAAGGGCUUACUGCAUACACCUGAUUCCUGCGCUCUUCGGCUACGCGGUACUUCAGUCCCUUAUCCGUUACUUCCAGACUCAGAGUAUGAUCUUUCCCAUGGUCUUCACUUCAAUUGCAUCUCUCUGUAUGCAUGUUCCUAUUUGUUGGUUUCUCGUCUUUAAAUCUGGGAUGGGUCACGUUGGUGCCGCGUUAGCCAUUGGAAUUUCUUAUUGGAUCAAUGUUAUCGCUCUUGGUUUCUAUAUCCAGUAUUCUUCGGCUUGUUCAAAAACCAAGAUUGUGUUUUCUAGAAACGCUUUGCUUAGCAUUGCAGAGUUCUUCCAAUAUGCUAUCCCCUCUGGACUCAUGUUUUGUUUUGAAUGGUGGUCAUUUGAGCUGCUUACGUUGCUUGCUGGACUCUUGCCUAAUCCGCAACUCGAAACCUCGGUUCUUUCGGUCUGCCUUAACAUAACUACAUUGCAUUACUUCAUUCCUUAUGCUGUUGGAGCUUCUGCAAGUACAAGAGUUUCAAAUGAAUUAGGAGCAGGGAACCCAAAGUCGGCUCAAGGGGCGGUUCGAGUGGUUGUGAUCAUAGGCAUUGCAGAGGCAUUCAUUGUCAGCACUUUCUUCAUCUUUUUCCGGAACAUAGUAGGAUAUGCUUAUAGCAAUGAUGAGGCAGUUGUGGACUAUGUUGCUAGCAUGGUUCCCCUUCUUUGCAUGUCAGUUAGUGCAGAUAGCAUAAUGGGAACACUUUCUGGGGUUGCAAGAGGUGGAGGAUUUCAGCAGAUAGGAGCUUAUGUAAAUCUUGGAGCCUAUUAUCUUGUUGGGGUUCCUCUAGCAUUGUUCUUGGGAUUUCAUCAACAACUAAAAGCUAAAGGGCUUUGGAUGGGAAUUAUAUCAGGUUCAUGUGUACAAGUAAUCAUUCUUGCUGUUGUAACAGCAUUAACAGAUUGGCAGAAAGAGGCAACAAAAGCAAGGCAGAGAAUAGUUGAGAGAUCAAUUAAAACUCAUAAUAAUGGAUUGGUAUAAAGUUUUGAGAAAACCGGAAAGAAAUAAAAGAGUGGAAGAGAUAUUAUUCAAGUA